AUGGAGACUUGGGUAGAAAGUGUCUUCUGGUCAGAACCACCCCAGCCUCGAAAUGCUCCGGAAACGCGACAAACAUCCGGUAGAAGUAGGGCUAUCGACAUAUUCCUCACCCGAAAUCCACCAGCGCCAGCUCGAAUAUCGUAUAGCGAGAGCGGAAAGCUCGCGACAGCUCCUGAAUUGGCAGAUACCAUCAACAAACCUUUGCUGGACUCCACGGUUAAUGUUGAGAAUGCGCCGACCUCAAGGAUAUUGGCUGACAAUGAACAGCCUGCCAUACCAGUAAGCAAGAUAUCCGGCGAGCCAGCCGCGGACAAAUCUAACAUUGACAGCUACGAAAACAAUUGGACCAUCGCGCGAAGUCUGCUCUGCCGUGAAUACGUCAAGGAUGUCCCGCCUGAGGCCAGCGGUAUUUGUUACGAGGAUCCAGAUCUCAUGAAAUUCGAGUUAUUCCUCAAUGCAGCCGCCAAGAGGAAUGACCUGAGCUUCAUCUCGAUGGGCUUAUCCACUUGUGAUGGGGAACUUUUGGCUUCCAAAGGUGUUGCUUUACCUGAUGUCCGACUUUAUUUCACUGCUGAUUUUGGGCUCUAG